AUGGUGCAGGACUGCAACUGCCGCACGCCUAUCCGGUCGUACGAUGAGCUCUGCGAGAAGACACCGCCCCACCCGCUUGACACCGACCAAGAGCACCACGACAAAGUGUUUGACGCUCUCUUUGAGGCCACGGGCAUGAAUGCGAAGGAGGACAUCGAUAGCAUACUCAAGGCAUAUGCGACCGAUCCAUGCCGUCGCCAGAAGAUCAUCGCGCACCUCAAGACGGUCUACCGCCUCGGCGAAGAUGCGAGCGAACGCUUGCUUGGCCUGAAAUCAAAGAUGGACGCAAUGCCGGUCGUGGAUGAGGAUCAGUGCCUUACGUUGGCGCUCUUCAACUUCAAGGGCGGCGUUGGCAAGACAACGAUGACGACCAAUGUGGCGGCAGCCUUGGCGCAGAUGGGCUUCCGCGUGGGAGUCGUUGACGCCGACGUGCAAGGCAACACGACAGGCUAUUUUUGCGGUGCGCCGGAGGACGGCGGAGGAGGAUCAGAUGACGUGCCGAGCCCUGAGGACGCGCAUAUCAACGCCAGCCUUAAUCACGACCUCCCGGAGGACAUCCCAAGCCCCGACCUCGACACGGCGCUCGAGUCGGACAUUCCCAUGCUGCACGAAAAGCUCGAGGUUGUGAAGCAGAACCAGCAGGCCGGGUUUGAGGAUGCGCACCCUGACUACCGCGACGAAUUCUACAAGAUGAAGCCCAUCUCCCACCUGCCGGGGGUGAACCUGAAGCUCCUCGGCGGCGGGCCGGAGCUGGCGCAGAUCGACGAGGACUUCUCGCCGAAACUGUCGCGCCGAUACCAUCUGAAAUCAAAUGAGGGGAUGCUAGUUGGCUCCUUCCGUAUGCUUCUCAAGCGGCUCGCGAAGAACAACGGGCUUCAGGUCAUCCUCGUCGACGUUGGGCCGUCGUCAUCGUUGUUUAACGCGUGGCUAGUCACAAGCUGUGAUUACAUCCUCCCUCCCGCGUUUGCCGACAAGUUCUCCGCCCUUUCCAUUCGCGACUUUGUGCACAGUGUCAUCCCUAGCUUUCGCGACAAGCAGGCCUACUGGCUCCGUUCGAUGUGGCUGGAUGACAAGGAGGCAAUAAAGAAGAACUCAGAGUACCUUUUCAAUCCCCUCACCGUGGUCUUCCCCUUUAUGCUCGGCAAAUUUGCAGUCAACAACAACGGCGGCAGUACCAAGGUCGUCAAAGCAAGCGCCACAUGGGUUAAUGCCAUCCGGCAGACACUCAACAAGGCGGCCGAAGAGAAGCUCAAGGUCAAAGAACGCGACAGUCUGAUGAAUGGGACGCUGCUCCUGCAGGACUAUCUGAUGCAUAACAAGCAGUAUUACUGCACCUUUCUAAAGGAGCUCCAGUCGGAGGUGCCCAUCGCGCAAAAAACGCGCAUCCCGCUUGUUUGCCUUCGGGUGGCCCAUUUCAAGGGCUUGGGCCAGGCACCUCAGCGAAUCGACUACAUCCAAGGCCGCUAUCGGACACUAUCGAAGUUCUUGCUCGAGACGUGGACGAAGUCAGGUGCGCGCUUUCCCGCUGUCGCAGAUACCGGCUUGGAGCUUGCACCCCCCUCCGACAAGAAGCAGAAGAUCACUGCAGAUAACAGCGUUGCAUUCGACGAGAACGGUGAUGAUCUGAAAAAGGAGCCCGAAAAAUUCAAAACCUUGCUGCUUGGACUGGUAAACCGGGCCCGUGAAGUAGCGACGGAGCUCAAGCUGACGCAGCACGGGGACAUGAGUGAGGACACUCUGACUGAACAGAUGGUCCACGGGAAGCAAGUGCUCUCUACGCUGCUGCACGAGGCCGGCUUUCCUGAUGCGGUUGUCCACCACCAGUACACGCUUUCAGAGGGCCGCCCAGACAUCGUGCUCGUCAAUGUCAAAUUCGAGGGCCACGAGUCGAUGGCCACGCCGUCCUGCUCCAUCGUCGUGACGGGGUUCGGCCCGUUCGCCGACGUCGAAGAGAACCCAACCGACUGGCUCGCGAGAGAGCUCGCCAGCGGCGCCGACGGCUGGCGGCUUCCGCACGGCGUCCCGCUCCGCUCAGCAGUGCUUGAGGUUUCGACCGUUGAUGUCGACGCGCAGCUGCAGCGGCUGCACAGCGGCGACGACUCCUCCGGCUGCGUCAUCUACGUGCACCUUGGCGUCGACGCGAGAGGGCGCGGCUUUGCACUCGAGCGCACCGGCGUCAACAACAUGACAUUUCGUGUGGCGGACGAGCGAGGCCGCCAGCCGACGGACGAGCCCAUCGACGCCGCGCCGGCCGCGCGUGGCGUGCGGGGCUGCCGCCGCAGCCCUCUGCCCCUCUCCUCUCUGCGGGAUGCGUUGGCUGCGAGGUCGGCCGAGGAGAUCCGAGUCUCGGACGACGCAGGCCGGUACCUGUGCAACUACACGCUGUACGAGUCGCUGCGGCUCUCGCACGCGCACAACAACAGCUCGGGCGCGCAGAGCACGCAGAGUCGGCACACCGCCCUGUUUGUCCACGUGCCUCCCUUCGAGGCAGUGCCGCGCCGCCGCCAGCUGGCGCUGCUGCAGCACCUGCUCGCCGAGCUGGCGGACGAGGCGCACCGCGGCGGCGGCGCGGCGAUGCUGCCCGCGUGCGGCGGGGCUGUGGAAGAGCUGAGCGAGGGCGAGAUGCUUCGCGCCGCGGCGGCGGCGGCUGCGCGCGGCGGCGGCGUGGCGGGGACGGCGGGCUCGCUGGGCGAAGACGACGAGGCGCGUUUGGACCAGGGCAGAGGCGAGGGCGGCGAGGGCGGCGCGGCUGCGGUGGGCUGUGCGGCGGUGCGGCGGUGCGGCGGCGUGGUCCCGAUCGGGGAGGCGGAGGAGGGCACCGUGGCGGUGGGCGAGGUGGAGGGAGUCGAAGUCCGGCUGUGGUACCGCACGUGGGGCAGCCGCGCCGCUGGCACCCCCGUGCUGUUUGUGCACGGAGGGCCCGGCAAUUGCGUCGCCGACUAUGCAGACAUCAACGGCGAGUUUUUCGACGCGGCGCGCUUCUUUGUGGUGGAGGUGGACCAGCGAGGCACGGGCAGGUCGACGCCGUCGGUGCGCGAGUCGGCGGCGCACAUGCGCAUCUACGGCGAGAUCAACAUCUCGCUGAUGAGCGCCGACUUCGAGGCGGCGCUCGGUCUCGAGCGGUGGCUGGUGUUUGGCGGCAGCUGGGGCUCCACGCUGGCGCUGCAGUACGCCCUCGACUUCCCGCAGCGCUGCCUCGCCCUCAUCCUUCGCGGCGUCUUCCUCAGGCGCGCACGCGACGCCGAGAUGAGCGACUUGCCGGCCGAGAUCGACGCCGUCUACUCGCGGGCGCCGUAUGCAGCCGCCGCCGAGGCCGAGGGCGAGGAGGCGGGCGCGCGCCGCCGGCUUCGAGAAUUUGACGCCUUUGCCGCGACGGUGGGCGAGAGCGGCCACGACGCUCGCUCGCUGCUGGGCGAGUACGAUCGGCGCAUCCGCGCGGGCGACGCGGCGGCCACCUGGCACUGGCACGCUCGCACGCAGGUGGGCUGGCGCAGCGCGGUGCACGCGUUCGAGUGCAACCUGAUGGCGGAGUGCGAGUCGGAGCGGCGCGACGUGGACACGGCCGCGCGCAGCGUCGCCUUCUUCGAGGCGCGCCUCUUCCUGCGAGGUGCGUACGAGGCGCCGUGCAGGCUGCUCGAGCGGCUCUCGGGCGAGGCCGCGGCGGCGAUGGCGCGGAUGGACACUUGGGUGGUGCAGGGCACGGGCGACGCUGUCUGCCCAGAGGAGUUUGCGCGCGAGCUUGUGGCGCAGAUGCGAGCGAUCCGCGACGCACUAGAGCCGUCAGAGGACGGCGCGAAGGGUGCGGGGCUGCUCAGCACGCACUUCGUGGACGCGGGCCACAAGGCGGGCGCCGCGGGCAUCAAGGAGAAGCUCAUCGAGUGCGUGCACGACUAUCUGGACCGGGCGGGCGGCGGCAGCUGA